AUGUCUGACCUGUUGGCGGGGCUCAGGCUCUCGAUGCGGUUCCGCGGAGGCGAGAACGUCCGGCACGGAGCAUGCUAUGGCGUCGUGGUGUCCUUCGUGUCGAUGCUCGUCUUCUGCGUGCUCGUCGCCACCGUCAGCGUCUGGAAGGCGUUCGUGUUUGCCGGCCUGGUGCUGGUUUCCUUCGGGGUCGUAGAAUGCCUCAAGCAGAGGGGCGGCACCGGCGACGAGCAGGUGGCUAGGGCGGGCAUUCCGCCGCCGGCGUGCCAGCUCGGGAUCGCGAAGUCUGUGGUCGAUACACUCCCAACGUUCGCGUAUGCGUCUAAUGGCGUCGAGGGAGGUCACGACCUCGAGUCUGGGAGCACCAAGCUCUGCUCCGUGUGCCUGGAGGACCUUGAGGACAGCGAGAUGGUGCGGCAGCUCCCAACCUGCAAGCACCUCUUCCAUGUCGACUGCAUCGACAUGUGGCUGCAUUCGCAUUCGACGUGUCCUGUUUGCCGCUGCGACCUCUCACCAGCACGGUCUACUACUGCCAAGGUGGCGGAACUGCCGGCUGCUGAUGCGUUGCCGCCUGUAUAG